AUGGCGGGCGUUAAAGCUCUUGUGGCGUUAUCCUUCACUGGGGCUAUUGGGCUGACUUUUCUUGUGCUGGGAUGUGCCUUGGAGGAUUAUGGUGUAUACUCUCCCUUUUUUGUCCUGAUUUUCCAUGCCAUCUCCCCUAUUCCCCAUUUCAUCUCCAAAAGAGUCACAUAUGACUGUAACACAACUAGCAGUGCAUAUUUCUUCACUACUGGAAUUGUUGUUUCUGCCUUUGGAUUUCCUGUUAUUCUUGCACGUGUGGCUGUGAUCAAAUAGGAAGCCUGUGGCCUUGCUGCAGGCAACACUGUCAUUUUUCUUACAAUUCAAGGUUUUUUCCUGGUAUUUGGAAGAGGAGAUGAUUUUAGCUGGGAGCCAUGGUAG